GGGGGGGUUGAACAUCAUGAAGAGGAUAAAUCUGCCUGAGGCUUUUUUGCUUUGCUUGUGGCUGUUUCUGGUUCACCAUCAGGGGUCCUGUCAGCCUUAUCUCAGGCUUAGACCCUCUCCGAGUGAAAAUUUACCUGUAAAGGACAUCAUUGAACACCCAGACCCAGAGCAAGACCCAAAGGAGCAGGAUCUGGAUGAGCGGACAUUGAGGAAGAAGCUUGGUAGCAACUUCGACCCUAAUUUUAUGUCAGUGGUUUUGCCCAACAGCGUCAACACAUCCACCCAGGACUCAUUGACUAAAAUGAAAACCCUUGGCUCUAUCCCUUUGGAGCUGAAGAAACUAGACCUCAGCGAGACACCGUACGGUGGCAGGAUCAGGAUGGGCAAGAAGGCCCGUAGGAAGUUCUUGCAGUGGUUGUGGGCUUACACUUACUGCCCAGUGAUGUACACCUGGAAGGACUUGGGGGUCAGGUUCUGGCCAAGGUUUAUCAAGGAGGGACAUUGCUUCUCCGAAAAGUCUUGUUCCUUUCCAGAGGGCAUGUACUGCAAGCCCAUCAAGUCAGUCACAAAGACCUUUUUAAGAUGGUACUGCCAGGGAUGGACUAGGCAGAAGUAUUGUACAUGGAUUCCAGUUCAGUACCCUAUCAUUUCAGAGUGUAAGUGUUCAUGCUAACUGCUGGUACCCAAAAAAAAAUUAAAUAAAAAGACUUAAAGAAAUGGGAAUGGGGGCAAUGUUUAACCUCUGUACUGCUGACGGGCAAACAACAUGGUGCAUUACUGCCACUGGCAACUGGGUAUGGAAACAUUUGCAAUGGACAAACUCUAGACGUUGAACUGUUGGGUGGCAGAAGACUAUGUAGAUGGGGACAUACCCUUAACACGUUCAUUGCUUGGCAGUGAAGUCACAGAUGUAGAUGUAGUUAGCCUCUUUGUUUACUAAGAGGGAGUAAAAUAAUAAAUUAAGCU